GGAGUGCUGUUAUAUAUAUGCGACCGUGCCGCGGGAGUGCGGAGAGCGCAGGCGCCGUGCUGCGAGGUAUGGUUGAAAACGAGCAGCGAUGCUGCUGAAACACAGGAGCCUAGCUAAAUGUGACUGAUCAGAUCAUCAAAUCUUCAACCGCGGUAUCGCAUCAGACGGAGGACAAAAGAGAGGGAAGCGACGAGAAGAAAACAUCGGUGCAUCGUAUUCCUCUGGAUUUUUUCUCCUCCCUGUGUCGAUGAAUUCAUGACCUGGGUACCGACAUUCUCUCGACCGAUGUUUUUCUCCUUCUGAUCCGCGGGGAUUUAUUCCAUAUCAUUUUUUUUAUUGAUAUAUAUUUUUUUAAAUAAAAUAAACAAAAACUAAACGGGUCAUUAUGCUUUUAUUACCAUUCCAUGAUAGAAGACGCUUGACUAUAUUUUAUCCAGGGGCGUUGUGCUUGCAAUCAUUUCUAUGGAUUUUAUGUACCGCGCGCGGAGAGGACCAGCCUUUCAGUGUGGAGGCCUGGCUCCAGAGGUACGGGUACCUGCCCCCCACUGACCCCCGAAUGUCAGUCCUGCGCUCCACACAGACCAUGCAGUCUGCUAUCGCUGCUAUGCAGCGUCUGUAUGGCCUGAAUAUCACAGGGUCGCUGGACACCAUCACCAUCGACGAAAACACGUUAAGUUGGAUGAAAAAGCCUCGAUGUGGGGUUCCAGACCAGCUAGGGGGGGCCUCUAAAUUCAACGUGCGGAGACGGCGGUACGCCCUCACGGGACAGAGGUGGCAGCACAGGCACAUCACGUACAGCAUUAAGAACGUCACGCCCAAGGUGGGCGCCGUGGAGACACACGACGCCAUCCGGCGGGCGUUCGACGUGUGGCAGAACGUCACGCCCCUUCGCUUCGAGGCCGUCCCGUACAGCGCCCUGGAGAACGGCAAGCGGGACGUCGACAUCACCAUCAUAUUCGCCUCGGGUUUCCACGGCGACAGCUCGCCCUUCGACGGGGAGGGCGGCUUCCUGGCGCACGCCUACUUCCCCGGGCCCGGCAUCGGCGGGGACACCCACUUCGAUUCGGACGAGCCCUGGACCCUGGGGAACCCCAACCACGACGGAAAUGACCUCUUCCUGGUAGCGGUGCACGAGCUCGGCCACGCCCUCGGGCUGGAGCAUUCCAACGAGCCCACUGCCAUCAUGGCUCCCUUCUACCAGUACAUGGACACGGACAACUUCAAGCUGCCGACUGAUGACCUGCAGGGGAUCCAGAAGAUAUACGGGCCCCCCGAAAAGAUUCCCCAGCCCACCCAGCCGCUGCCCACGGCCCCGCCCCCACGCUCCCCGGCCUCGGACCCCCGCAAGCACGACCGGCAGACCCGCCCGCCGCGGCCGCCCACGGGCGACAGGCCGGCGUACCCCAGCGGCAAGCCGGACAUCUGCGACGGCGGCUUCAACACCCUGGCCAUCCUGCGCCGCGAGAUGUUCGUGUUUAAGGACCAGUGGUUCUGGCGGGUGCGGGACAACGCCGUAAUGCCUGGCUACCCCAUGCAGAUAGCCUACUUCUGGAGGGGCCUGCCCCCCAAGAUUGACGCCGUGUACGAGAACAGCGAGGGGAAAUUUGUCUUCUUCAAAGGGAACCGGUUCUGGGUGUUCAAGGACACCACGCUGCAGCCCGCGUACCCCCAGGACAUCUCCAUGUUCGGCAGCGGCAUGCCCACGCACAGCAUUGAGACAGCCGUCUGGUGGGAGGACGUGGCCAAAACGUACUUCUUCAAGGGAGACAGGUACUGGCGUUACAAUGAGGAGAUGAGGACCAUGGACCCGGGCUACCCCAGACCCAUCUCCGUGUGGAAGGGCGUCCCUGAGUCGCCCCAGGGGGCCUUCGUGGACAAAGCCAACGGGUUCACCUACUUCUACAAGGGGAAGGAGUACUGGAAGUUCAGCAACCAGAAGCUGAGGGUGGAGCCGGGCUACCCCAGGUCCAUCCUGAGGGACUUCAUGGGCUGCGACGACACGCUGGACCCGGAGCGCGACCGGGACCGGGACCGGGACAGGGAUCGGGACCGGGACCGACGGCCCCCGCAGGAGGACGUGGACAUCGUCAUCAAGCUGGACAACACGGCGGGAACGGUGAAGGCCGUGGCCAUCGUCAUCCCCUGCGUCCUGGCCCUCUGCCUGCUGGUGCUCCUCUACACCGUCUUUCAGUUCAAGAGGAAAGGCACGCCCAGACACAUACUGUACUGCAAGCGAUCCAUGCAGGAGUGGGUGUGAGGUCCCUUAAACCCCGCCCACCGACCCCGCCCCCACCCCCAUGUCCUCCAGGGCCUCCAUGUUGAAUUUGCAGACUACAGCCCUUACUGACCUCCCUUUGCCCACUUUUUUGUGGGGGGGCACAUUUAGGGGUGGGUGGGUGGUUGAUGUGGGCCUAGACCCCACCCACACACCCACCCCUGAAAUUGGAGGGAGGGGCAUCGGCCCUCCCCCCAUCUACCCCACUCAGUACAGCUCAGUGCAUCCAUGAACCAGAGAGGAAGGGCUUUCAGCUCGGAUACUUCCCAUGGCGCACUGCUUUGUUGUUCUCUUCCUAAUUCACAUCAGGUCUUUCUUUGCUGAUAAAAAGGACGUCCAGUACAUCUCAGUCUUAAGCCUUUCUGCACGCUCCGAAAAAAAAGAAAAUUAUCAACAAAAAAAAAAAACACAAAACGCCCGAGUUGAACUUGCCUACAAUUUGGCGAGUCAUCAGCUUCCUACUUUAUCUCGUCUUUGAAAUUAUUUAUUUUUACGGACAAUUUAUGACGAUAUUUUUUUUAUUUUUUAUUUUGCUUUAAAGCAUUUUACUCCGGAAGAAGAAGAAAAAAAAACCCCCAAGCCAAAUAAAUAAACUCUGUCCAAAGAGGAUCACCAUUUUUCGGAAUUUUUUAAUCAUUCUUUUUUUCAUUUUCCUUUUCUCUCCACUCUGAGUCUGUUUGUCCUUGAUUAGGAGUGGGAAACUGACUGUUGUGGCAGUCUGUCUUAAAACAGGGGCCAAAACUGCAAUAUUUUUAACCGCCUUAAUUACAGAUCAUCUUUUUCAUGCUUUUUAUUUUUUUUUAUUUUUAUUUUUUUGCAUUGUUUUUGUUUGUUCGUUGAAAGACCUGGUGGGUCCGUCGCCAUGGCGUCUCUUGUUUUGAUUGACAGCCUUUGGCGGUUUGUGGCCGCGUGCCUGGGACCUCAGAGUCGGCCCGCCAGUCCCAGGGGAGGAAGGAGACCGGUCUAACCUGCACUUAAAGUGAAAUAUAUCUGUCCAAGCAGCCAGGGAGAGCACCCAGCCGCUCUCCAGAGAAGCCACUAACUCAAGCGGGAGUGUCACUGCGUCCGCCUGAUACGCUGCAUUGGCUCCCUAAGCCAGACAGACAGAGCGAGGUCAAAGAGAACAACUACAAACAAAUCCUUGAUGAUGACGAUUCACCUUCCUCAUCCUCCCUCUCUUUACCCUCCUCCCCCCCCCCCCCCCCCCAAAAAAAAAAAAAUCAUCACAGUUCACUUCCAAAAGGACCAUUCUUUCAGACGUUUGUCUAGGGUUGUGCUUUAGUCAUCCGUCAAACAUUUUGUUUUAUCGUUUUAUAUUUGUAUUUGAGGGGUGGGAUUUGGGUUAGUGUCCUUUAAUGUUAAAGAGCCUCAGAAUACCGUUCAGCUCCAUUCUGAGGAAGGAUCUUCCCUCUGGCGCCCUCUGUUGACCAGGAGUGUCAUGGCAGUCUUAUGUAGUACAAGGGCACGUUUUUUUUCCCACCCACCCAUCAUCUUGACCUUUCAUUUGAGGGGAGAAAAAGUUAAUGAAACAAUACAGACAAAAUAAACGAGAGAGAGA